AUGCCCAACGACCAAGAGGAGCAGGACCGGCUCGCGCUGCUGCACCAGCUCUUCAAGAGCGUCACGGGCGGCGAGCUGCACCGCGCCCCGCGCGUGCUCGACGUCGGCACCGGCACCGGCAUCUGGGCGCUGGACGUGGCGGACGCCUACCCGCACGCGGAGAUCGUGGGCACCGACCUCAGCCCGAUCCAGCCGCGCUACACGCCGCCCAACUGCUCGUUCCUGAUCGAUGACGCCGAGAGCGACUGGGCCUUCCCGCCCGAGGAGGCCUUCGACUACAUCCACGGCCGCUCGCUGGGGGGCUCCAUCGCCGACUGGCCCCGCUUCCUGCAGCAGGCCUACCAGCACGUCCGGCCCGGCGGCUGGGUCGAGAUCCAGGAGUUCGAGACCUGGAUCCGCUCCGACGACGGUACCGACCGGCAGGCCGUGCUGAUCCACGAGUACCAGCGCAAGCUGGACGAGGCCAGUCGCAAGUUCGGGCGGCGCAUGAACAUCGCCGCCAAUGUGCGCGGCUGGAUGCAGGACGCCGGGUUUCAGAAUGUCACGGAUGAUACGUAUAAGUGUCCGCUCGGCCCGUGGGCGAGAAACUCGCAUUUCAAGGAGCUCGGUCGCAUGGGGAAGGCGGCCUUCUUUGAUACGAUCGAGCCGUAUUCCCUGGCGUUGUUGACCCGGGUCAUGGGGUACACGUACGAGCAGGCGCAGCAGUAUGCCCAGGACGUGCGGCAUGAGUUGGUCCACGGCUCCUUUCACAUCUAUACCCUGUUCCAUUAUGUGCGGUAG